AUGUCAAAACUUCAAGAUGGAGCUGUUGAUAUUGAAAUACCUGCACUUGCUGCCAGCUCCAAGUAUUCUACCAGACAGGUGUUUUCUUCUGAAGAGGAACGUCUCUUAGAAGAAUACCUUAUCAAUUGCUCAAGAAUGCACUACGGUUUGACCUACAAACAGUUCAGGGAUUUUGCAUAUUCUUAUGCUUUAGUGCUAAGGAAGACCUUACCCGAGGGCUGGAAUCAUGCUGAGACAGCAGGUAUUGAUUGGAUGAAAGGAUUCAUGAAGAGACACCCACAGCUCAGCUUGAGAAAGCCAGAGAACACUAGCCUUGCACGAAACAUUAGUUUUAAUAGGAAAAAUGUGGAAACGUUCUACAAUAACUUGGAGACUUUAAUGGAGAAAUACAAAUUCCCAGACAACCGCAUACUAAAUUUAGAUGAAUCUGGUGUAACUACAGUCCUACAAAGCCCAAAAGUCAUCGCGCCAGCUGGAGCUAAGCAAGUAGGACAGUGUGUUUCAGCAGAACGAGGGGAACUUGUUACUUUCUGUGGUAUUGUAACAGCAAGUGGAAGUGCUUUACCACCAGUUUAUGUCUAUCCCAGAGUGCAUUUCAAAGACUUGUUCUUAUAUGGUGCUCCAAGAGGUAGUAAGGGGUUUGCAAAUCGAUCAGGCUGGAUGACACAAGAAGUUUUUCUAGAAGUCUUGAAACACAUUCUAGUGCAAACAUCCUCUAGUAAAGAAAAUCCACUUCUUAUUGUUCUAGAUAAUCAUGAAUCACACAUAAGUUUGGAUGCAAUUAUCUUCUGUAGAGAAAAUGGGAUUGUAUUACUAACUUUUCCACCACACACCAGCCAUCGCCUUCAACCACUUGAUGUAGCUGUUUUUGGGCCUUUCAAGAGUCAUUGUAGGUCAGUCUUCAAUAAAUGGAUAAGUGAAAAUCCUGGCAAACAAAUUGCAAUUCAUAAUAUCGCACAUCUAACUGCAUCAGCAUUUGAUGAAGCAUUCAGCAGGAAAAACAUAAUUGCCAGCUUCAAAAAAACUGGAAUCACACCUUUCAACCGCUCUACAUUCAAAGAGGAAGAUUUUCUGGGAUCCCUUCCUACAGAUCAGCCACUGGUAGAGACGCCUCAACAAGAAAACACAUCAGAAAAAACCGUUGGUGCAGAAACAAUGGCUGGUUGCUCCACUGAAAAUAAUGAAGAAAUUAAUCUUCAGAAGACACAUGACAAUGGAGGGUCUGUCACACCUGCUAGAAAUUCUGAAAAAAAGGAUUUUCCCACACCUGAAGAUAUCCGUCCAUACCCUAGAGCUGAAAGAAGAGGUGAUAGUAAAGGGAAGGGGAGAAAGAAGGGGAAGUGUUGUAUUUUAACAGAUACUCCGGAGAAGAACAGGAUAGAAGCAGAACUAUUGAAGAGAAAAAUUUGUUGCCCAAUUAAUUGA